UUGGCACGGCGCGGUCUGAGGGGUCAUUAAAACGAAACAACACUCCAGCAAUGAUUCAUAGCUCAGUAUUAGAGUAUUGACUGAGAUGAUGUAGACGGCUCCAUGCGAUUAACUUUACAAUGAAUGAGCCACAGUGAUAAGUUUGUGCUUCGGGAAGCUUAAAGUGAGAACAUAAUGAGAUGGAUACGAACGACUCGUGCUGAUGAAGAGGAAACAGAACUUUAACAGGAUCGCUGUAUAAGUAUUAUUUAUUUUAUUUGAGCCUGGCAUGAUCGACAGUGUGUUUAUUCGUUUAAAUGUCCCGAGGAUGACGAGCUCCCUCACACGAAACUCUUCUGAUCUGAUCACUCUCGGGUUCUCUGUGAUGCAGUAAAGAUGGGCGCUAUAGUGGAAAGUCAGGCAGGCGCGACCGGUUGAGCUGGCGUUGAGUAGAGGAAGAAUGCACUUAUCCAAUGUUGGCAACAACAAAAUCUGCUUCCUGCUCUCCCUAGCAUUCUGCGCCCUGCUGGUGCUCCUUAUUCCCUCCUUACAACCUCCGCAGCGGCAGGGGGAUUUGCCCCAACCCCGGCCACAUGCCAAACCCGCCAGAGUCGGAUGGACACAUGGCCUCCACAGGAACUCUGUAUCAGCUGUACGCCAAGGAAACGAUGAUGCCAAGGAUGAUAGUUUCACCCACCCGCUUCCUCUCGGGGGACGACCCCGAGACCUGCAGAGGGUGUUAGAAGGGGCCCCUGCACAUGCCAACUCCCCCGGGUCCCGUUCCAAAAACUCUUUGGACUUAAGAGACAUUUUUAUUGCCAUAAAGACAACCAGGAAAUACCACAAGUCCAGACUGCAGCUCCUAUCCCAGACCUGGGUUUCCAAAGCAAAGGAACAGACGUUUAUCUUCACUGAUGGGGAGGAUAAGGAGCUCAGGCAGAGAGCAGGGCUCAACAUCAUCAACACCAACUGCUCCGCGGCUCACACUCGCCAAGCCCUGUGCUGUAAGAUGUCUGUAGAAUAUGACAAGUUCAUCGAGUCACAGAAAAAGUGGUUCUGUCAUGUAGAUGAUGAUAACUACGUGAUCCUUCCCAGUUUGCUGGAGUUGCUCUCCUCCUAUUCUCAUACAAAGGAUGUGUAUCUUGGCAGACCCAGUCUGGACCACCCCAUAGAGGCAGCCGAGAGAGUCAAGAGCGAUGGAUCGGUGUCGGUGAAGUUCUGGUUUGCCACUGGAGGAGCUGGCUUCUGCAUUAGCCGCGGUUUAGCACUCAAAAUGAGUCCUUGGGCAAGUCUUGGAAACUUCAUAACAACUGCAGAGAAGAUUCGUCUCCCUGACGACUGCACAAUCGGUUACAUCAUCGAGGCUCUUUUGGAGGUUCCUCUGACACACACGGGCCUGUUCCACUCGCACCUAGAAAAUCUGCAGAGACUUCCCACAGACAGCAUACUCCAACAGGUGACCCUCAGUUAUGGUGGAUUCGAGAACAGGAGGAAUGUUGUCAGUGUUGGGGGAGCUUUCUCAUUGACUGAAGACCCUUCACGGUUUAAAACGGUCCACUGCCUUCUCUACCCAAAUACUGAGUGGUGUCCACGCAAGACUCAUCACUGACUGGGAUACAAAUGUCUCUCAUUUUGCCAUAAAACUCUUUGAAGAUGAUGCUCUGAAUAACUGAAGUGGAUGUCUGUGUGGAAGGGCAGUUAACCACAUGUUUUUUUUGUUCACAUGAACGGACUCUAGCUGUGGUUCAACUGGUUAAUAAUGUUUUGUUUGGUACUUUGUACAUUUACAUGGUAAAACAGGGUGACUAAUUUAUUUUAAAGUUGUUUUUUUUCCUGAAAUAUUUGUUUUUGAAAAGUGAGCAUUGCCAAGAGUUCCUGUUGUAAGAGGGUUUUGAAAGGAGUAUGUUCUCUCAGAUUUAUUGGGGGAUUUUUCAUUUAAAUGAUGCAAGCUGCAUUUUUGUGGUUUUGACAUCAUCUUUAUGGAUUCAUCUUUUUUCUAGGGUCGUAAAUAUGCCCACUUCUUGCGUGCAAGAUGAUCUCAUCAAUGUCUCUAAGGAAGAGCAACAGUAUUGAUAUAGUUUUAUAGUAUUUAGUUUUGAAGAUUUAUGCAACCCAGUUCAGCCGUUGCCAAUGCCGUUUCAGCUUGUGUUCGGGUUAUCUGUAUUGGUCCAUCUCUGUUGUUUGUGAAAAAGACAAUAUGUACUCGGUACAUUUUUUGGCAUGCAGACAAACGCAUUUGCCUGGAGUCGAGGAGAAUGCCCUUUAAAUAAUACAGACCAAAAAACAAUACUUUUUAAAAAAUUAUUCUUCAGUGCUAAUUUAUCUAUCAUUUCGGUUAUGUAUUUGUUUAUUUUUUUGAGUAACAGUAUUUUUCAAAUGCUUUCAUUAAAACACCAGCGAGUGUGCUGAGAAGAAAACAUGACCUUUUACAGUCUUUUUUAAGUGCUGUCCAAAUGUUUCCUCUGAAUUUUGCACAAACAUGUUCCUCACUGCAGGCCAUUGGUUUGCAUAAACCUACCAAAGCUACACUUUGGUUUUACUUUCCUUAAAAGUGUCAAAUGUUUUGUUCACCUGAAAGAUUUCUUUUGCAACAUCUCUUAACACUACCACAUGUUUUUGGAGUUAAUUGUUUAUCGAUGUGUUUGCACUUGUGUGUGUGUUUUUUUUUUGUUUUUUUUUUUUUUUUUAUCUGAUAAAAUUGAUAAUGUUGCAAAGUGUG